AUGGCCUAUGUGCAAGCGGCAUCUGCAUUUGGCUUCGCAAUGCAAACAUAUAGACUCUUAGUUCUCUGUAAACAAGAAUCUGGAUGGGAAACAAAAAAAUCUGAUAUGCUUCUCCUGAUUUUUUAUCCAGUUACAUUGACAACGGUAUUGGCAGCAUUUUGUAUAAAAGAUAGAGCCAUACAACCUCAGGCAAUGCAAUGUGAUGUAACAGAUCCACCAUGGAUAAGAUUAAUCGGUUACGCCGGCAGUAAUUUAGUCAUAAGUACCGUUGGCAUGUAUAUAAGCGGUCGGUCUGCAUACGCGUUAUUCGCGCAUCUUAAGCAAUUUCGUUCGACUUUGGACUCAAGAGGAAGAAGUCAGCUGUCGGAAACCACAGAACGAGUCAUUCAAAGACGAUACGCAGUGACAAAAGGAGCAGCUAUACGGAUGGUUUCAGUCUCGGCGUUAUUUAUUUUGAUAAAUUUUUUCGCAUCGAUUCAAACAAUAAUAACUGUAAUAAAUGGACAAUCAUACAGAGAUCAUGAUUUAAAACUUAGCCAUUUUGUCGGACCGUUGAUCGGUAUCGCACUUUUCUUGGUUUUUGGCACUGGUCGAGAGAUGCGAAGGAGUUUUCGCCAAGCAUUACAAUCGAUCCGUAAUCGUUUAACAAAUUAUGAAACGUCACCUAAUCCGAAUAUUAGUCGUUUUGAUUAA